GGUGCCCGCCGGCCCCCAGUUCCUCCGCUGCCUCCUGAGCCCAGAUGAAGGAUUUCUACCGCGGGGGGAUCCUGCACACCUCCCAUCAUGAGCCUGGGGGUGUGGAAGGGGCCCGGUGCCCCCGGGCGAGGAUGGAGCUGAACUUUGAGAACCCAGCCGUCGUGAGCUGUCCAGGGGUUUCCAGAAUGGGGGCGUAGCCCUGAAGAGGCCCAAGGGUACCCCGUGAGGACCCCCACACCCCCAGAGUGGAGGCUGAGGAGCCCUGGCCAUGCCUCCGCUGCGGCUGGAGCGGGACCCCCGGCAGCAGCGCGGGGUCUCCCUGCUGGUGCGAUAUUUCAUGAUCCCCUGCAACGUUUGCCUGAUCCUGCUGGCCACGGCCACGCUCGGCUUCGCGGUGCUGCUCUUCCUCAACAACUACAAACCUGGGACCCACUUCACCCCAGUGCCCCCAACACCUCCGGAUGCGUGCCGAGGAAUGCUGUGUGGCUUUGGCGCCGUUUGUGAGCCCAGUGCGGAGGCUCCCGGCCGAGCCUCCUGCGUGUGCAAGAAGCGCACCUGCCCCAGCGUGGUGGCGCCCGUUUGUGGCUCCGACGCCUCCACCUACAGCAACGAGUGCGAGCUACAGCGGGCGCAGUGCAGCCAGCAGCGACGCAUCCGCCUGCUCUUCCGAGGGCCCUGUGGGCCCCGCGACCCCUGCUCCAACGUGACCUGCAGCUUUGGCAGCACCUGUGUGCGCUCCGCGGAUGGACAGACAGCCACAUGCCUGUGCCCUGCCACCUGCCGGGGGGCCCCUGAGGGCCCCGUGUGCGGCAGUGAUGGCGCUGACUAUCCCGGCGAAUGCCAGCUCCUGCGCCGCGCCUGUGCCCGCCAAGAGAACAUCUCUAAGAAGUUCGAUGGCCCUUGCGACCCCUGCCAGGGUAUCCUCAGUGACCCUAGCCGCAUAUGCCGCGUGCACCCUCGAACACGGCGCCCCGAGAUGCUCCUACGGCCAGAGAGCUGCCCUCCCCGGCAGGUGCCUGUGUGUGGGGACGAUGGAGUCACCUACGACAACGAGUGUGUCAUGGGCCGCACGGGGGCUGCUCGGGGCAUUGACCUCCAGAAAGUGCGCUCCGGACAGUGCCAGCCUCGAGACCAGUGUCCAGACUCCUGCAGGUUCAAUGCCGUGUGCCUGUCCCGCCGAGGCCGUCCCCGCUGCUCCUGUGACCGCAUCGUCUGUGACGGGGCCUACAGACCCGUGUGCGCCAAGGACGGGCACACAUAUGACAAUGACUGCUGGCGGCAGCAGGCCGAGUGUCAGCAGCAGCGCGACAUUCCCCCCAGGCACCAGGGCCCGUGUGACCAGCCCCCGUCCCCGUGCCUCGGGGUGCAGUGCCUGUUUGGGGCGGUGUGUGCCGUGAAGAACGGGGGAGCUGAGUGCGUGUGCCAGCAGACGUGCCCGAGAGUCUACAGCCCCGUGUGUGGCAGCGACGGGGUCACGUAUGGCAGCACUUGCGAGCUGGAGGCCACCGCCUGCGUCCUGGGGAAGGAGAUCCGUGUGGCUCAUCGAGGACCCUGUGACCGCUGUGGGCAGUGCCGCUUCGGAGCCCUGUGCGAGUCGGAGACAGGGCGCUGCGUGUGCCCCUCGGAGUGUGUGGCCCUAGCCCAGCCUGUGUGCGGCUCUGACGGGAACACGUAUGCCAGCGAGUGUGAGCUUCACGUCCACGCUUGCACACGCCAGAUCAGCCUGCACGUGGCUUCGGCUGGACCCUGCCAGACCUGUGGAGACACAGUGUGUGCCUUCGGGGCAGUGUGCUUGGCGGGGCAGUGCGUGUGUCCCCGGUGUGAGCGCCCCCCACCCGGCCCCGUGUGUGGCAGCGAUGGUGUCACCUACCGCAGCGCCUGUGAGCUCCGCGAGGCCGCCUGCCAGCAGCAGGCCCAGAUCGAGGAGGCCCGGGCGGGGCCCUGUGAGCAGGCCGAGUGUGGCUCAGGAGGCUCCGGCUCCGGGGAGGACAGCGAAUGUGAGCAGGAGCUGUGCCUGCAGCGCGGCGGUGUCUGGGACGAGGACUCCGAAGACGGGCCCUGUGUCUGUGGCUUCAGCUGCCAGGGCGCCCUGAGGAGCCCGGUCUGCGGCUCCGACGGCGUCACCUACGGCACCGAGUGUGAGCUGAAGAAGGCGCGGUGUGAGUCCCAGCGCGAGCUGUACGUCGUGGCCCAGGGAGCCUGCCGAGGUCCCACCAUGGCUCCAAUGCCACCUGCAGUCCCCCUGCACUGCACCCAGACGCCCUUCGGCUGCUGCCAGGAUAACAUCACUGCUGCCCGGGGUGUGGGCCUGGCUGGCUGUCCCAGCUUGUGCCAGUGUAACCCCCAUGGCUCCUACGGUGGCACCUGUGACCCGGGCACAGGCCAGUGCUCCUGCCGCCCAGGGGUGGGGGGCCUCAAGUGUGACCGCUGUGAACCCGGCUUCUGGAACUUCCGUGGCAUCGUCACUGAUGGCCGGAGUGGCUGCACCCCCUGCAGCUGUGACCCUCGGGGUGCUGUGCGGGACGACUGUGAGCAGAUGACCGGGCUGUGCUCCUGUAAGCCUGGGGUGGCUGGACCCAAGUGUGGGCAGUGCCCAGAUGGCCGUGCCCUAGGCCCUGCUGGCUGUGAAUCAGAUUCCUCAGCGCCCAAGACCUGUGCUGAAAUGCACUGUGAGUUUGGGGCAUCCUGCGUGGAGGAGGCUGGCUCCACCCGUUGCGUGUGCCCAACACCCACCUGUCCGGGGGCCAAUGCUACCAAGGUCUGUGGGUCGGAUGGAGUCACCUACGGUAACGAGUGUCAGCUGAGGACCAUUGCCUGCCGCCAGGGCCUGGAUAUCUCUAUCCAGAACCUUGGCCCCUGCCAGGAGGCCGUGGCUUCUGGCGCCCGCCCCACACCUGUGUCUGUGGCUACCUCCGUGCGCUACCUGAGUGAGGCAGCCCCACCCAGUGCCCUCCCCCUGGCUCCUGGCAGUACUCCCCACAGCCGGCCCACCCCUAGACCCUCAUCACACCCUCGGACCACUGCCAGCAUCCCUAGGACCACCAGGAGGCCUGUGCUGACUAUGCCCCCCACGGCACCCCCCUCAGCAGCCAGCCUUGCCACGUUUGCCUUCAGUGAAUCUGGCAGCGCUGACGGGAGUGGCGAUGAGGAGCUGAGUGGGGACCUGGAGGCCAGUGGGGCCGGCUCAGGCGGACUUGAGCCCCCCGAGGGCAGCAGCGCUGUGACCCCUGGGCCACCCAUCGAGAGGGCUUCCUGCUACAACUCACCUUUGGGCUGCUGCUCAGAUGGCAAGACGCCCUCGCUGGAUGCCGAGGGCUCCAACUGUCCUGCCACCAGGGCGUUCCAGGGUGUGCUGGAGCUCGAGGGGGUCGAGGGGCAGGAGCUGUUCUACACACCAGAGAUGGCCGACCCCAAGUCAGAGCUGUUCGGGGAGACGGCCAGGAGCAUCGAGAGUGCACUGGAUGACCUCUUUCGGAACUCGGACGUUAAGAAGGACUUCUGGAGUGUCCGCCUGCGGGACCUGGGGCCCGGCAACACGGUCCGGGCCAUUGUGGAAGUGCACUUUGACCCCACCACAAGCUUCCGGGCACCCGACGUGAGCCAGGCCCUCCUCCGCCAGAUCCAGGCAUCCCGGCGCCGGGCCCUGGGGGUGAGGCGACCACUGCAGGAGCACCUGCGCUUCAUGGACUUUGACUGGUUUCCUGCCUUCUUCACUGGAGCUACCACAGGAGCCACCCCAGCUGCAGCCAUGGCCAGGGCCACUACUGUGGCUUCUUCCACUAUGACCCCUCGGGGCCUCUACCCCAACCACACAAGCAGGCCCGUCAGCAGGACCACAGGCCCCCUCACCACACGCCGGCCCCCCACCACUGCCCCCAGUCGUGUGCCUGGACGCCGGCCCCUGCCCCCAGGCACCCAGCAACUCCUGAGGCCCUGUGACUCCCAGCCCUGCCUCUAUGGGGGGACCUGCCAGGACCAGGACUCAGGUGGAUCUUUCACCUGCAGGUGCCCAGCUGGCAGGGGGGGCACCAUCUGUGAGAAGGCCGUGCACCCCUUGGUGCCGUUCUUCGGGGGCCGCUCCUUCCUGGCCUUCCCCACCCUCCGUGCCUACCACACGCUGCGCCUGGCACUAGAGUUCCGCACGCUGGAGCCGCAGGGGCUGCUGCUGUACAAUGGCAAUGCUCGGGGGAAGGACUUCCUGGCACUGGCACUGCUGGGGGGCCGUGUGCAGCUCAGAUUUGACACAGGUUCAGGGCCCGCGGUGCUGACCAGCACGGUGCCCGUGGAACCUGGCCGGUGGCAUCGCCUGGAGCUGUCUCGGCACUGGCGCCAGGGGACGCUCUCGGUGGAUGGCGAGCCCCCUGUCCUGGGCCAGAGCCCCAGUGGCACCGAUGGCCUCAACCUGGACACAGACCUCUUUGUGGGUGGCGUCCCGGAGGAUCACGCCUCUGUGGUGCUUGAGCGGACCUCUGUCAGUGUGGGCCUCCGGGGCUGCAUCCGCCUGCUGGACGUCAACAACCAGCGACUGGAGCUCAGCAACUGGCAAGGGGCAACCAGAAGCUCCGGCGUGAGCGAGUGCGGGGCCCACCCCUGCCUGCCCAGCCCCUGCCUUGGGGGGGCCCCAUGCCAGGCCCUGGAGGCUGGCAUGUUCCACUGCCAGUGCCCCCCUGGCCGAUUUGGCCCAACCUGUGCCGAGGAGGAGAACCCCUGUGACCCGAACCCCUGCCAUGGGGCAGCCCCCUGCCACGUGCUGCCUGGGGGUGAGGCCACAUGCGAGUGCCCCCUAGGACGAGGGGGCCCUCUCUGCCAAACAGUCUCAGAACGGAACGACCCCCGGCCCUUCCUGGCUGACUUUAACGGCUUCUCCUACCUGGCGCUGAAAGGCCUGCACACAUUUGAGCGGGACCUGGGGGAGAAGAUGGCGCUGGAGGUGGUGUUCCUGGCCCGAGGCCCCAGCGGGCUGCUCCUUUACAAUGGGCAGAAGACAGACGGCAGGGGGGACUUUGUGUCAUUGGCGUUGCGGGACGGCCACCUGGAGUUCCGUUAUGACCUGGGCAAGGGUGCAGCAAUCAUCAGGAGCAAGGAGCCAGUGGCCCUGGGCACCUGGACCAGGGUCUCCCUGGAGCGUAACGGCCGCAAGGGUGCCAUGCGUAUCGGCGACGGGCCCCGAGUGCUGGGCGAGUCCCCGGUGCCGCACACUGUCCUCAACUUGAAGGAGCCGCUCUACCUGGGGGGGGCUCCUGACUUCAGCAAGCUGGCCCGGGCUGCCGCAGUGUCCUCUGGCUUCGAUGGCGCCAUCCAGCGGGUCUCCCUGAAAGGCCACCAGCUGCUGACCCAGGAGCACAUGGUGCAGGCGGUGGACGUCUCGUCCUUCACAGAUCACCCUUGUACCCAAGCCUCAGGCCACCCUUGCCUCAACGGGGCCUCCUGUCUCCCCCGGGAGGCCUCCUACGAGUGCCUGUGUCCUGAGGGCUUCUCGGGCCUGCACUGCGAGAAGGGGCUGAUUGAGAAAUCGGCAGGGGACCUGGACGCACUGGCCUUUGAUGGACGGACCUACAUCGAGUACCUCAAUGCUGUAACGGAGAGCCCCGAAGCUCCAGGUUCCGGGGCCCUUCACAGCGAGAAGGCCCUGCAGAGCGACCACUUUGAGCUGAGCCUGCGCACUGAGGCCACGCAGGGGCUGGUGCUGUGGAGCGGCAAGGCCACGGAGCGGGCUGACUACAUCGCGCUGGCCAUCGUGGAUGGGCGCCUGCAGCUGACCUAUGACCUGGGCUCCCAGCCCGUGGUGCUGCGCUCCACCAUCCCCGUCAACACCAACCGCUGGCUGCGGGUCAGGGCGCACAGGAAACAGCGGGAAGGCUCCCUUCAGGUGGGCAAUGAGGCCCCCGUGACCGGCUCCUCCCCGCUGGGUGCCACACAGCUGGACACUGACGGAACCCUAUGGCUGGGGGGCCUGGAGAAACUGCCCGUGGGUCCAGCCCUGCCCAAGGCUUACGGCACGGGCUUCGUGGGCUGCCUGCGGGACGUGGUGGUGGGGCGGCGACCACUGCAUCUGCUGGAGGACGCCGUCACCAAGCCAGAGCUUCGACCCUGUCCUGCCCCGUGAACCACUGCAAGCCUGCCGCCCACCCUGCUGUAAUUAUUUUAUAUUUUUGUAAACUCGUUGCUUUUUUGAUAUGAUUUUCUUGCCUGCGUUUUGGCUGGAGGGACUCCUGGCCCGGCCUCCCUCCUGUCCAUGCAGGCAAGCUGCAGAGACAAACUCGGUGCCCAGGGACUCGCGGGGCCGGUGUGGCAGCAGGGAGGGCUUGGCUCGGACAGCAGCCUCAGGACGCACCCCUCCACCGCGUCCCAGCCCUCCGCUGUGCUUCCCUGCCUGUUGGCAGACCCCACACACACAUCAAGCUCCAUCUGGCCAGUCUUGUGUCGUCAGAACAGGAAGCUGCUGCCAGGGUUGGAGGGGACCUUCCUAGGCUUCCACUGAGCUGGGCCUUGUCCCACUGUGAGUGGGCCAGUCUCAGCAGGACUCACCUUGAGCCUGGCUGGCCCCUCCUGGGCGUCUUGUGCCAAUACUGUGACUUAGAAAUGACAUUACUGUUGGGGCCACACGGUGUCCCCUGCUCCAGAUGUGUUCACCGUCCAGGGUGCUGGAGAGCAGAGGCCAGGCCCAGGCCUGUUCGGGAGGCCCUAACCCUCAGCUGGCCCUGCCCACCCACCCAGCCACGUUGGACAUGGUUGUGCCCCUUCCUCAGGGCCUAUGAGGAACCUUGAGAGGGAGUGGGCCACUGUGUGGUGUUGACAUCCAUUGCCCACUUGCCUGGUCAGCCAGUGUGCCCCUCUUGAGGACAGGUGUCUAGGCCUGGCCACCAACCGCAGAGUUCUUAAUGCAUUGAUUUUACUUGACAUCUGGGGUCGUGGGGAUGUCAUCUUGGCCCGAGAGCAGCUGAGGACACCACACGACAAGCUCUCACUCCAGUUCUGGUGUGAGGGGUGGUUGUCCUUGUUCAAGAAUGACCAGGGGCCUGCCGGAUGUCUGACCAAGGCCAAGGAGUGGGUACAGGGAUGGCAGAGAUGGCUGCGAAGCCAGAAAUGCCUUAAGCUGCAACAUUGCGUCUCAUCCCGACCCACCCCAUCACUCCACCGCACCCUCCUACCGGUGGGGGUGGCAAUCCCAACUCACACAGCUGGGGCUGGGCUGUCAGGCCCAAGGGCUGAAGGGAGCCCCCGUAUGUCACAUUACUAACUCCAGUCUGUGUCUGUGUCAAUCACCAUGAAAUAAAGUCUGAACACAUUAAAAGA